AUGGAAACUUUGCCCGCCUGUUUUUGGAGAGCGAGCAACGUUCGUGGCAGUGAUCUCGACUGGCUCUUGGCUUUGCCGCAUGACAAAUUCUGGUGUCAGGUGAUAUUUGACGAGACGCUCCAGAAAUGCUUGGAUUCGUACCUGCGCCAUGCACCGCGCAAGUUCGAUGUAGUGCUGGAUGCGGCUCCGGAGGUGAGCAACCUCCAGAAAAGGCUCCACCAGAACAUUUUCCUCACCUUCCUCCGAAUGUCGACCCACAAGGAGUCCAAGGACCAUUUCAUCACACCGAGCGUUUUUGGAGAAAUCCUUUACAAUAACUUCCUGUUUGACAUCCCCAAAAUUUUGGACCUCUGCGUCCUCUUUGGAAAAGGCAAUGGUGCUCUUCUCCGCAAGAUGAUUGAAAACAUCUUUACUCAGCAGCCAAGUUACUUCACCGAUUUGGAUGAAACUGUACCAACCAUCCUUCAGGUGUUUGGCAACAUCCUGCACACCUGCGGCUUGCAGAGUGAAGGGGCUUCAGCCACGCCGCAGAAGUUGGAGGAAAGGGUCCGGAUGACGCCUGGGGACAUGCCUCUCCAGGAAUUGGCAGAUAUCAUGUUGUACUUGUGUGAUACUACCACAACGCUGUGGGCUUUCCUUGAUGUCUUUCCCCCGGCUUGCCAGACUUUCCAAAAGCACGACUUCUGCUACAGACUGGCUGCGUUUUAUGAGUUGGUGAUACCUGAGCUGGAAUCUACGAUAAAGAAGAGAUACCAGGAGGAUUGCAGCUUGCUGUUGGAUUUGUGGCGGAGGCUGUCUCAUUCAAGGAAGAAAGCGGUGGAAGUUUUCCACAUUUUUGUGCACCAUUUGUGCCUUCAGCCCAUUUUGGAAAGCAGUUGUGAUAAUAUCCAACCUUUUAUUGAAGAGUUUCUCCAAAUCUUCACCUCUGUUCUUCAGGAGAGGCGAUUCAUCCGGGAUUACGAUGAGCUUUUUCCGGUAGCGGAUGACGUGAGUCUUCUCCAGCAAGCUUCCUCGAAUCUGGACGAGACCCGGACCUCUUACAUCCUGCAUGCCGUAGAGAGCGCUUGGGAUGGAGUACAGCGUAGGAGAAACCAGAACCCGGACCCGCCGCUGCCGGAACCUGCUCCUGCCGUGGCAGAGACCAGUGGCAUCAAACAGAUGGAUAGGAUUACAAAGCAAGAUCACACGGAGUGUGCCGGCGCAAUGGCGGUGAUUCCCAAAGUCUCCGGUGUGGAGCUGGAUUCUCUGACCUCGCAGGUGAAAGACCUUCUCCCUGACCUUGGGGAAGGCUUCAUUUUGGCUUGCCUGGAGGAAUACAACUACAAUGUCGAGCGGGUUAUCAACAACUUCCUGGAGGACAAUCUGGCACCAAACCUGGAGAGGCUGGACCGAAUGAUGCCCAGGCCAGGGAAACCAGACCCGACCCCUCUCCUCAGUUCCCGAUACAACGUUUUCCAGAAUGACGAGUUUGAUGUUUUCAGCAAGGACUCGGUGGAUCUCUCCCGGGUGCAGAAAGGCAAGAGGAAUGACCGAACCACAACCCAAAGCUUACUCAACGAUAAACGCCUUGUGACGGAGCAGAGGGAGCGAUACAGCCAGUACUCAGUGGUAGUAGAAGAAGUCCCGGAGUCGAGCGGGGCAGCUGGGGUCUACCAGGAGGAGUAUGAGGAUGAAUAUGAUGACACUUAUGAUGGCAACCAGGUGGGAGCGAAUGAUGCUGACUCGGAUGACGAGCUGAUCAGUCGGAGGCCGUUCACCAUCCCUCAGGUCUUGAGAUCUAAAGAGCAGGAAGAGGAGGAGGAAGAGGAGGAAGAAGAAGUAGUGGAGGAAAAGGAGGCUUCCAAGGACCACUUUGUGCAAGAUCCGGCCGUCCUGCGAGAGCGAGCCGAGGCCCGGAGGAUGACUUUCCUCGCGAGAAAAGGGUACAAGCCAGACAAUGCUGCGGCCGUUGCGGGGAGCGCCAAGGGCCAUGGCCAGAGCCGAGAAACCGUCCAAGAGCGCCGGAAGAAAGAAGCCAGCAAAGGGGCCCGGGCCAACCACAACCGGCGCACCAUGGCCAACCGGAAGCGGAAUAAAGGCAUGAUCCCCUCCUGAAGGAAUGGGACAAGAGGUGGAGAGGUCUGAGGCGUGACACCCCAAAAUCCAUAGAUGGCAAACACCAGGAUGGAUCUUGAUUGUGAAGAGAAUUUGCCCAAACUGUCUGCAUGUCACAACAGGAGGUUCAUUACAGAGAAUUGCAAGGGC